CAAAAUAUUAACCUAAAACUUUCUCACCAUUUUAUUCAUAGAGCACCGCACCUUAUUUCAGUAUUUCCUGUAAUUUCCAGCAAGCUUUCACAUUCAUCUUUGUGAGAUGGCCUUGUAAAAUAUUCAAGUAAAAGAAAUAUUAAGUACUCAUCAUGAAGUCAGGGUCAAAUUUCGGCAACAGUGUUGGGUCAGACUUGAAAUAAUAUAGGGUAUGCAAGCGCCUCAAAUCUCUGCUCACAUCUUGAGGUCAACUGUGAUUUCUGUAAAGGAAGGGCUUGCUUUGUAACUUGAGAGAAUAUUGCUCCUGGUGAAGGCAAGUGGUCAUUUUUAUGUUCUCUUCAAGAUGAUUUAGGUCGCCUUUGCUGUUGAGAAGUGUUUUAAUAGAAGCUAUAUCACAGCUUUUAUCCAUUAUCCACAGGCUUUGGAGAUACAGCUCAAUAAAAGAACCGCUCUCACACUGAGAUACUGCGAUAAGUUUUUUUUUUUCCCCACACUGAUUAUGUUAGUCAACAUUAUGAUCAUGCUUUUGAGUCUUGUGCUUACAUUUGAUACAGUAAGUACACUGUUUUAAAAUGACUUAUUAAAUAUGGUUUCAAUUUCAAAAUGUAGGCUUGCAAAGUCAGGGUUAGGUAAAAUCAAGGAAAGCAGAGUGCAAUAUUUUGCUGAGCUUAACUCUGUUUUUCUACUCUUUGUAAACUUGAAACCCUCUUAGGCAUUUCCAGAUGUGGUUGUGUCGCCUACUAAGUAAUGAUGGCCAAAUAGGUGAAGCUAAAUAACAGACUAUAUAUAUAUAGAAUAUAAUGUGUUGCCUGACUAAAUGUUGUGACGCUAAAGAAGAAAAGUGUAAUGACCUGAGAGACCAAUAAUGCUCACAGUAGCUCACAUUAGCGUAAUCUCCAUUCAUAGAUGAAUUUCAGGACAUCUGCUUUGACUAACCACAGUAGUUAAAGUUAUUCCAUCCCAUCUGAAAGAGGAACCCUCCCUCUUGAACAGGCUCCCAAAUUACCAAAGGAAAAGUUUGGGUUUUUGGAUUCCAGUAAGAGGGACUUCUGGGUGGAAGAAGGUUUCCAGAGGAGAUUAUCUUUGCUCCAGCUACAGUUAUGGAGAAUAAUCCCUACUUCAGCAGUCAACAAGUCCUUUACAAAGAUGUUGAGCUGGGGAAAGAGAAGGAAAGAAAGGCCAGGUAUCGUGCUUACCAGUGUGCCGCCAUCAUUCUGAGUGUUGUAUUCCUGAUACUGGCCCUCUGUAUCUUCAGUCUGAGAUUUAUAUGGAGCCCAAACCCUGGGAAGGUAUAUGACCAUCAUUAUAAAGCUGUGCUGGAUGGAAUGGAGACUGAGAGCAUGAUGGAAAUCCAUCCAGCUCAACGCAUCGAGAUCUUCAGGAUGGGAAAUGGCACCGACGAGGUCCUGGAGGUGCAUGACUUCAAAAACGGCUUCAUGGGCAUCCGUUUUGCCAAGCACCAGAGAUGUUACAUCAGGGCUCAAACCAAAGAGCUGCCCAAGCUGGAGUCCAAGACCAUCGACGUAAAGGUGAGUGAGACCGGUGAAGUGGAUAUGCAGAUGGUGGACUCUCAGAUAUGGAUCCCUGCUGAAGAGCCCAUAUCCAACAAAACAUUCCUGUUGAAUUCCAAAAUCUGGGAGAUUUGCCAAGAUCUACCCAUCCACUGGAUCCACCCAUCUCCUCUCAGAGAUGCUGAGUUCCAUGAUGUAGAGGACGUGGAGGAGACCCCAGAGCUGGAAGCAAGAGGGCCACGUCAAGUCCGGGAUGUCAUGGACCAGUUACCAGUAAACGACUAUAGAGAAAUGGGACUGGAGCUGGACAACAGCCUAGAUGAGCAGGGCUACUGCUGCCAGUACUGUCGUCGUGGGUACCGUUAUUGUCGACGAUACUACGAGCCCCUGGGCGGCUUUUGGCCAUAUCCCUACUAUUACCAGGGAGGACGGGUCAUCUGUCAGAUUGUCAUGCCCUGCAACUGGUGGAUAGCACGAAUGCUGGGACGAAUUUAAGGAUCCCGGAGGGAACCAAUGGUGCUAUGCUGCUCAGGGGUACGCGUAGACCAGCUUCAUUUAUACGAAAUGUCACGUAUAUGCUCAAAACUUUUGAGUAAAUAAUUCUGCUGAAGUGAGGCAAAACAUCAGCUCAAAACAUCCACAGUGAUCUGGUCACUGUCAUAACUAUUUUUCAUAUUAUAUAUGGGUAGUUGAUGCAUAACAUAAUCAAGUUGAAGGUUUUAGGCUAAAAUGUAUAUAAAUGCAUAAGGGAAAUUACAUAUUUUAGGUCCUGUUUUUGCACAAUUUCACAUUUUUGCCUUCAUUUGUGGUACAACAAAUGAAUUUUGAAUAGUACAAAUAUACUCCAGCUGAGCUCCAUUUUUAACAGCAUUUUGCUUGUAAUUAUUAUGCAUGCAGUUUUUAUGAGCAUAUUAAUUUUGAAACCACAUGGAAUAUUAGUCUCUCAAUUAACAUGGUUAUAAAAACUGUUAUUAUAUAAUUAACUGUUUAAAAAGACUGAGUCUAUCAUGUCAAAAUGCAGAAAGUAUUUCAUGUCAACUAUCCACAUUUAUUGUAUGUAUGUGUGUGUGUGUGUGUAUAUAUAUAUAUAUAUAUAUAUAUAUAUAUUCUGUGAGACUUCCUAUGAAGUGUCAUGAUUUGUCCUUGACCUAUACAAAGUAAGUUAAAAGUACAACAGAAUGGUCAGUUACUGUAGUCUACAUACUUCAUGCAGACCCUUUCAAAACAAUGGAGAGCAUGUGGGUAGAGACAAAACUCAAACUGUUUUAAUUUGGUUUUGAGUGUUUGCAUGUCAAGUUCUGCACGAAAUUUCGUUACCCUUUCUGAGGGCCCUUUAUUUGUCUUUUGUAUAGUGGAUGAGAGGUAUUAUAAGGAACCAGGUUAACAUAAGUACAUUUACACUAAUUUGCAUGUUUUGUAUUAUGAACUAUUGUUUCUAAUGUAUUUACUGUUCGCUUAAGUAAGUCCCUGUAAUAAAAACUGGCCUUUUUAAAAGCUGUUAUGUGAAUUUAAUGUGGCAUAGAACUAUACAAUACAUAUAUCACACGGCUAUAUUUAAGUAGCGACAUUGCUAGCAUCAUAAUUGCAGGUCUGGGACUGUUUCAAAUCAAUUCUUUCAUCCAAGCAAAUGGGUGCUCUAUAAAUCGCAUUUACGUAAACUAAUGCUCCUUUGUAUUUUUCCAACAACUUCCUUCUGAAUAAAACUGUUAAAAGUU